AUGGCAUUUAAUGGCAUCCGAGAUCUUGAUUCCGAGAAACAACUCUGGUCAGGCCAUUGUCGCAUCUCCAGGGCAUGGUUGGGUGUCAAUGUGACGACUGAUAAAGUCCUGCAUUUCGAUCUCAUCUUGAUGGAUUCCAAGGGAAAUGAUAUAUGGGUGCAUAUCCCACCAGUGCUGCAAGACCACUUCAAACGAUUGCUGCAGGAACAGCAAGUCUACAACAUAAAAAACUUUGAGAUUCACACGACCCAACUGAAAUAUCGCCCCAUUGCCAAUACAUAUAUCAUGUCGUUCUCCCGGAAGACUACUGUUCAGCAUGUUCCUGAUGUCCCUUCCAUUCCUGCCUUCAAAUUCAGUUUCCUGAAAGCAAGUGAACUUUGCUUUAAUUCUUCGGGUUCAACAGUGUUGUAUCCCAACCUUGAUAUCCCAGAAGUAAAGGCUUUCACAACCAGAUAUCGUAUACAGCUUGAUGUUGAAAGCAAUUCUGGGCCAGCUACCUUUAUCAUCUUUGAGUAUGAAGCAAAACGCUUCUUUGGUGUCAGUGGUAAUGAACUUUUCAAUAGGACUGGUCAAAACAAUGAGGCACCCCCUGCAGAUCUACUCAAAAUAGUUGGUGUCACCAAGCUAUUUCAUGUCAAGUUCAAGAUAAAUCUCUACAGUGAUUCACAAGCUGAUUUCACCGUCUUAAAAAUCUUGGAACCCACAGCACAGUCUCCAGCUUCUGUUCUUCACAAAGAUGCCUCAUGCUCAUCAAUUACCAGUGGAGUUGAGUCCUCCCAAACUUCAUCUCAACAUUCCACCCCAAUUCCAGCACAUCAAGAGGCAGACAAAGGCGUUUCUGUUGAUAUGACACCUGAUAAUAAACUGAAACGAAAGAUGCACCCAGAGUGA